UUAAGGGGGGGAAGUCGACGUUGAACAACACUACGCAACCAAUUGUCGGAAAAAAUUGUCACUUAAUUCUGUAAAUUAGAAAAUAAAUAAAAGAACCGCAGCAUGUCGGCCAAGCAAAAUUCGAAGAAGUUCAAAUGGGCGCUGGACUUCAACGUGAGCAAAAACGCUGAUAUUCCCUCGCCACUGGGCUACAAUCCUUCUGCCCUGGUGAACCAGAGCGAGGUGGUGCGCGACCAGCGCCUGGUCAUCAAGAAGUCCUGGGACCUCGCCCUGGGACCCCUGAAGAACAUACCCAUGAACCUGUUCAUCAUGUACAUGUCGGGCAACUCUAUCUCCAUUUUCCCCAUCAUGAUGGUCGGCAUGAUGCUGAUCCGACCCAUCAAGGCCAUAUUCACAACACAGGUGACUUCGAAGAUGGCCGAGGGCGCCCAGGGAACUGGGCAGCGCAUCGUGUACUUCCUGGGCAACCUGGCCAACGUGGCCCUGGCCCUCUACAAGUGCCACAGCAUGGGGCUGCUGCCCACUCACGCCUCUGACUGGCUUGCUUUCGUCCAGCCACAGACGCGACUGGAGUACUACGGCGGAGGAGUGUCCUUUGUCUAGUUUUACAUGUAGCUUUGCUUUAUUUGAUCAUAGAUAAAUUUGUUUAAACUCAAAAUGGGGACUUAAUGCGCCAGUCAGUCGUCCAGUAUCUUCUUGGCCUCCUUUUUGAUGUCAUCCACUAGUUUCUCGCCGGGCGACCUGUGAAAGGUGUUUAUGCGAAUUGGUUUUAGUUGAAAUACAAUAGAUGGCAGUGUUUAUUAGGGCCCCCAUUAAACUUAAUUGUUCUGACAAAUUCGCAUAGUUUGCAAAAAUAGCAAUGACCGAACAUAAUCAUUAUAUUAAAUAUUCUAUUUGUAAUGGCCACCACGA